AUGAUUCACGGCCCUUGCGGAAAUUUAAAUCCUACAUCCUCCUGCAUGAAAGAUCGACAGUGCACGAAAAGAUAUCCACGCUCUUUUUUGCUCGAAACUCAAACUGGACAAGAUGGCUAUCCACAGUAUAAAAGAAGAAAACCAGAAGACGGAGGACAUGUAGCAGUAGGCAAGAUCAAACAAAGAGAAGUGCAAAUUGACAACCGUUGGGUGGUACCAUACACUCCCUUGCUUUCAAAAACCUUCCAGGCACAUAUAAACGUAGAAUACUGCAACUCUGUCAAAUCGAUCAAAUACAUAUGCAAAUAUAUAAACAAAGGCAGCGAUAUGGCAAUGUUUGGAGUCAGUAACGACAAUGAUGAAAUAAGUUUAUAUCAGAUGGGACGAUACAUUUCAAGUAAUGAGGCAGUUUGGAGAAUUCUGAGUUUUCCAAUACACGAUCGCCAUCCCACAGUUGUCCACCUCGCAGUGCAUCUGGAAAACGGCCAAAGAAUUACGUUUACACCCCAGAAUGCGGCUCAAUUGGCAGCCGAUCCGCCACAUACUACCUUGACUGCCUUCUUCAAAUUAUGCACCGAAGACCCGUUCGCAAAGACACUGUUAUAUCCAGAAGUUCCACAAUACUAUACGUGGAACAUAUCGAAAAAACAAUUUUAUCAAAGGAAACAAGGUGUUAAAGUACCUGGAACAACGAUAAGAAGAAGUGAUGCUCUAGGCCGAGUAUACACAGUACAUCCUAACAACGCCGAAUGUUUUUACUUGCGAAUGCUUUUGCAUGUUGUAAAAGGGCCGACAUCUUUCGAACAUAUACGCACUGUUGAAGGUGAGGUUUGUUCCACAUAUCGACAAGCGUGCCAGAAAUUGGGACUUCUAGAAGAUGAUCAACAUUGGGAUACGGCAUUGUCCGAAGCAGCUGCAAUAUCUAUGCCCUGUCAGAUGCGUCUCCUAUUCUCAAUUAUUUUAACAACCUGUGCUCCAUCCGAUCCAAUGGCUUUGUGGGAAAAACAUCGCGAUUCUCUUAGCGAAGAUUAUUUAUUGCAACUGCGUAGAACUGCGAACAACUUCGAUUUGCAAAUGUCAGAUAUUCUUUACAACAAAGCGUUAAUAAAUAUCGAAGAUACAUGUCUGUCCAUCGUCAACAAACCUCUUCAGGAAUUAGGACUCCUUUCACCACCAAGAGACGACAUUGACAUAGUGGAUACUGAUGUUGUACGCGAGACCAACUACAAUCGAGAUGAACUACGUAGAUUUGUAGAGACUAACGUACCUCUUUUGGUAGGACAGCAAAGAACGUCAUAUAACAUAAUUAUGGAUCGAAUUUCAACUCAAAAGGGAGGUAUAUUCUGUCUCGAUGCUCCAGGGGGAACAGGAAAAACGUUCCUCAUUAACCUCAUACUUGCACAAGUGCGAAAGAAUGGCGAUAUCGCACUUGCUGUUGCGUCCUCUGGAAUAGCCGCAACUCUUUUGGCAGGAGGAAGAACUGCGCAUUCAGCGCUAAAAUUACCGUUGGAUUUUUGUGCAACUGAUACGCCAAUUUGCAACAUCAAGAAAAAUUGUGGACAAGCCACUGUUCUAAAAACAUGCAAGGUUAUCAUUUGGGACGAAUGCACGAUGGCAAACAAAAAAGCUCUUGAGGCUUUGGAUAGGACUCUGCAAGAUCUGAGGGGUCAAGAAGCAACAAUGGGAGGAGCACUCUUGCUACUAGCUGGAGACUUUCGUCAAACUCUUCCUGUUAUUCCAAGAGGAACUCCAGCAGAUGAACUUAAUGCGUGUCUCAAGUUAUCAUAUUUAUGGAGGCGAGUUCAGAUAUUGACGCUCACAACAAACAUGCGUGUUCGCCUGCAAAGUGAUGCGGCCUCACAAGAAUUUUCGGAACGGCUUUUGCAAAUUGGAAAUGGAACCUUCAUGAAUGCGCCAGGCAAUUACUCCAUAACAUUUCCAGAGGACUUCUGCAAUUUGGCUGAAUCAAUCAAUGAUGUUGUUAACAGUGUUUUUCAAGACAUUGCCACUAAUUACAAAAAUCACGGAUGGCUUAGAGAAAGAGCGAUUCUAGCACCACGAAACGAUCAAGUAACUAAUCUAAACAUAUCUAUUCAAGACAAGCUACCGGGAGCUGUGACGACGUACAAGUCCAUCGACACCGUCAUUGAUCCAGAACAAGCUGUACACUACCCUGUGGAGUUUUUAAACUCACUUGAACCAUCAGGAAUGCCGUCACAUCAAUUACUCUUGAAAGUAGGAUCACCGAUAAUGAUGUUGAGAAACUUACGACCACCAAAAUUGUGCAACGGCACUCGACUAACCGUCAAAAAUUUACAUCCAAAUAUCAUUGAAGCAACGAUUUUGUCGGGAACAUCUGCCGGGGAAGAUGUCUUCAUCCCUCGCAUCCCCUUAAUUCCAUCCGACUUGCCAUUUGAAUUUAAGAGACUUCAG